AUGUGUAAAAGAUUAAAAGAAUUGAAUAGAGUAACUGAAAAUAAUAAAAAAAAUACAACAGGCAUCAAAAUUACAUUAAGUGAAUAUAAUCACUAUAAAGAAUUGUUAUUAAAAUCAAAUGAUAAUAAUUCAAUUUUAAGUGCCAUAAAAAAAUUAGAUUUCUUUUUAGCAUCAAUGGACUUAAUUAAUUUUAUAGAUGCCAAAGAAAUAGAAACACUCAUUAAUAGCAUAUUAAAAAUUGCAUUUUUUUCAAUAGCUAAGGAAACCAUCAAAUUAUUGGAAGAAAUACUCGCAUGUAUGUAUAACUGCAUUUCAAACCCAGAAAAGGUUGAAUUUAAACAAACAGAAGUUGCAGUCUUAAUAUUUAUGCAUUUUGGAAAUGCUAAAAAAGAAUAUCAAAAAAGUAAUAAAAUACAUCAAUUCCAAAAUUUAAUAGACAAAGUAUAUCAAAGUUCCCUUGACCUCCAUAUAAAACUAGUAUUUUACGAAGAAAAAGAAGACCACUGUCUAUUACGUUCAAAUACAUACAAUGUUCUUUGGUCAUUAUAUUACUCCAUCGGUGAUUAUUUCAUUCCAAAACACAAAAAAUCCCAACAUGCCUGA